ACACUAGUGUGCCGCGGAACAGUGGUUGAAAAACACUGAUGUAGAGGACACCGGCCCCUGUUGCAAGGGGAUCCAGAACCCACCACUGCCUGCUACAUACCUUCCCCAUUAACCUAGACUCCUGAGACUAGUUCAGAACUGGAGAAUAGAAUUAUACUGAGUAUGCUAAUAGCACCCAACUGUGCCAGGAAACUGAUACUUCAAUCAAGGCAAGCUAUCAAUUUCUUAAAAGGAGCUUCUGGACAUCACUAGACUAAAUCAAGGGGGAUCAUCUGGUUACAGUUAUAUGCCAGGAGUUUGGAUUUAUCUCACCAACCUAGAGAUAAUUACAAAAUCAUACAUACUAUUAUAGAAUCCAAAUGACUUUCUACCAUCUACAUAUAUGAAUUCACAUGGGAAGCUUUCUAUUACUGAGCCCAAAAUGAAGGGAGGCUCUACAACAUCAGAUUUUAUUUCCAGGUCUUGCCUUUACUACAUGCAGACUUCAACAAGGAUAACCAAACCCUCUGCAUAUAGGAGUUGUCCCUUUCCUCAAUUCUAGCACUGGAGACCAUUGAAGAGCUCUUUGCCAGUCUCACACUAAGAUAUUUUAAAGGAAGUUUUUUCUGUUAUCUAUCUAUGAAUGGCCAUGAUCAAACCUUCUGCUAACUCUAGAAGUACUUGCCCAGUAGUUACAGUUCAUCAAAACAAUCAUUUGGCCAAUAAAUAAAAGCAGAAAAUAGUUCCCAGCAGGAUUAUUUCCCCAUCCGCACAGCCACCAAUGGAUUUCUAUCUCAGAAAAUUCUCUGACCCCAUCAUAGGAGAAAAGUGCAAUAGACUUUUUUCUAUGGUGGAAACAAAGUGUCUAGAACACUCAAGUAUUGAGAGCAGGGGAUAAAUUAAGGGCAGGGGUCCCCAAGCUGUGGACCAGUAUCUAUCCAUGGCCUGUUACGAACUGGGCUGCACAGCUGGAGAUGAGUAGCAGGCAAGCAAAACUGCACACAUAUGGAAUGUAGGUUAUCUGCUCCUCCCCCCCCCCAAAAAAAAAAUAUAUAUAUAUGGAAAAAUUGUCUUCCGUAAAACCAAUCCCUGGUGCCAAAAGGUUGGGGUCCUGGCCAGUAUGAAUAGUCUUUUAUAGCAACUAGAGUUGGGAUUGGCAACUUGGUUUUUAAGCAAAGCAGUUUCUAAGUAACUGACUCUGCUUAUAAUCUUCAUCUUUGCUUCACAGACUUGCAAAGAUCAAAAAUGUAAGGAUUGGUUCUUAAAUUUUUAAUCCUCAUUUUAGCUUCACUAAAUGAGGCAGUUACUAAACAAAAGGACCCUUUGCAUUCACAAUCAUGGACUCUUAAUUAAUUUGUCUCUACCAUAUUCCAAUUGCUUCAGAUUUACUUAUCUAAAUUUGUAAACUGGCCUGUAAUUAUGAGGUUGGUAAAGACCCAUUUUAAACUGUCCUGAUUCUGUACAGAAAAAAAAGUUAUUAUAAAUCCAAAAUGGAUUUCUAGCUGAUAAUUCAAAUCUAAACAAGCUACUUUGGUUUUCAGUAUAUAUUAUAGUAAAUAAACUUCAAGAUGGAAACAAUAUAUUAUUGUUUCUGACAACACAUUGAUUUAUAAGUUAUCCUUUACUGGCUUUUAUUCUAUGGUGAAGUAGUUGUAUUCAUGCCUGCUAAUGCUCCAUGGGUUCAUCUAGAUUGGCUUUUGAUGCAUCAUUACUAACAUUCAGCAGCUGCUGUUAACUUGAGUUCAAAUGAGUGCAUGUAAACAUCUUGUCACAAUCCGAAGAAGCCAUGAAGCAUCUGCCAUUCCUGCUUCUUUUCCUGGUGCUGCUGAAGCACCUCCAGUCUGUUCUCAGCCUCCCAUUCUAGCAUCAGCAGCUGUUUCCACCUCUUCUACUUAUAGCCCCCUCCACCCUUCCGCUUCGUGCCAUGAUGCUAACUCUCCCCUUGCUAGCCUCUGUCCCUUCACUACAACACCAGAACUGGUUACCUCUGUCUCUUUGGUACAAGCCACUCCUGAUGCUGCUUUGUCUUUGGCUGACUCAGUUAUGUUAUCUCAGACCCUUUCUCCCAUGAAACCACCAGUUAUGGCUGGUGUUGCACCUGUUGACAUGUCCCUACCUUUAGGGCCUGUAGCUUCUCCCCCAGCCUCAGUAACUGCCUCUGGAUCUCUUACUUCUGCUCCAUCAACAUCUCCUAUAAGCCCAGCAGGGUCAACUUCUGCAGCCUCAGUUUCUCCAAUUCCAUCAUCUCCUGUCCCAGCUCCUUUCAUUCUCCCAAUUGCUCCUGUGUCUCUCUCUAUGGCUACAGCUCCCAUCCUUGAUGCAGUUCCAGCUCCUACUACUGUGGCUUCACACUCUAGUCCAACUCCUUUCCCUCCAGAUUCUGCCGGUGCUCCUGCUUUGUCACCAACACUUCCUAUCCCUAACACUGCAACCCCUACUCUCGAUCCAGUGGCUCCCAUUUCAUCCUCUCUUCCCCCUCACCAGCCUUCCAUACCCAUCAGUUCUAUUCCAUCCCUUCCUGAUUCUGUGACUGUUCACGGUCCCAUCAUUUCUCCAAUGCCUGUAUCGAUUCCGAGACAUCCUGCAGGGUCACCUACAGAAUCUGCAUCUCAUCCUGUGACUCCUUUGGCAUCUAUUUCCAGUUCUGAGAUCCCGGCUUCAUCUCCUAAAGUUUCUGGGGCUGAUCCUUUGUCUCCAGCAAAGCUUGCUCCUGCAAUACCACCUGCAAAAUUUACUUCUGGUCCUGAAUCCAGUAUCAUGUCCCCAGCAAAGCCUGCUCCUACACCAUUGUUACCCAAAGGUCCUCCUGGCAAACCUGUUUCUGGUUCUCUACCACCUGUGAAAUUGGCAUCUGGUCCUGCAGCCCCAGAGGUAUGCCCUGUGUCUGGUCCACUAUCUGUUUCUUCCCAGCUACAAACUCCUAUUUUGACAACCAUUUCUGACUCUGUAACUACUUCUCUAGACAAAGCAGUACUGGCUUCUAAACAGGUGGCUCCUGCUAAGUCCCCUGUGAAACCUCCUCCCUCAGAACAUCCUGCUGAUGCUAUGAUCACAGCAGGUCCAAUAAUGAAGCCUGCUUCUGGGACUGUAGCACCUUCUGGAACCCCAAUAGGCCCUUCUAGCCCUGUACCACUUUCUUCACAGCCAGAGAGUCCCACUUCAGUUCCUAUUUCUGGCUCUGCUUCACUGGGCACAGCAGUGUCUAAGCCUAAAGAACAGAGUACGGUACUUCCUUCUGUGAAACCGUCUUCCUCUUCAGAAAUUUCUUCAGGUCCUAUGUCCUCAUCAGGCUCUGUUCUUACACCUUCGCUUCCUCCAUCGCCCCCAAUGAAAUCUACUUCUUCAGGGCCUAUUCCUGAGCCCAUUUCCCCUUCUUCUGCUACAGCAGCAGGACUAAUCUCUGCUCCAGGACUACCCAAAGGGCAGCCUGUGAAAACUGUUCCUAGUCCUGUGGCUCCUACAGGACCCCCUGUGGAAUCUGCUCCCCUUUCAGCCCCUGUUUCUAGUCCAGCAAUGCCUCCCACGGGCCCUUCGCCACCUGCUUCCAAGAGGGUCCCACCUGUUUUGGGACUAGCUCCUGCUCCUUCCAUAUCUGCUUCUGUAACUCCAGGGACGGCUGUUUCUCAGCCUGCGGCUGAUUUUGGCCCUGUGGCUGCAGUAGAGCCUGCUCUUGUCUCACCAGCAUCUGCUGUGAAGCCAUUUUCAACUUCGGAACUUGCUUCUAGCUCUUUGUCUAUGGCAGAUUAUGUUUCUAGUCCUGCAACGCCUACUGCCCAUACUCCUGCACCUAUUUCUGGAUCCACAGCCCUUCCUCUGGCCUCUGAAGGGGUUACUCCUAGUUCAUUAGCACCUGCUUCCCAUCCAGCAGCAGCUUCUGAGGUGCCUCCUCCUGAACAUCAGGCAUCACCUAUAGUUGUAGCAGAGAUGGCUUCAGUUCCAGUGACACCAGCCACACCUGCCCUGAUAACGUCUCCUGUGGGCCCAACAAUGGCAGUUUCUCACCCAGCACCCUCUGCGGUGCCCGCACAAGUGACCGUUCCUGGAACCCCUGCUGCUUUUCCUAAACCUCUUUCCUCUCCUGACCUUGUAGCCUCUGCCGUCCCUCCUCCUGGCAUUGCGCCUCUGCCUUCUGCAGGGACUCCUUCCGUUUCCCCUGCAGCAGCAUUUUCUACUCCAGUAACCCUUAGUCCUGUUUCUAGCCCCAAAUUGCCCCCUGUCCCCGCCUUAGACAUAAGCCAGGUUUCCAUUUCAACUGGGAAGGCGAUGCCUUCCCAGAAAAUGGCACCUUUGCCUCUUGCACCUGCUGAUCCUUCUGUUUCUACUCCUCCUAUUGCAAGCAGUCUCACUCAGCCGGCUUCUCCUGCACCCUCUCCUUCUACCCCCGUGAAAAAGCUAGAACCUUCCUCUGUGCUUCCCAAGCCAUCCCCUGUUGCACCUGCACCUGGUUUAGCACCUGAAGUGACCCCCAGCCCUAUCUCUACUACCUUUGAAGACGACGAGCUGCCACCCUUGAUCCCUCCAGAGGUACAUGUUGAGGAGUCACCUCUGCAGCCAGUCCUGGUGGACUUCUCUCCUAAGACAGCUGUGCCCCUUGCUGAGGUUCCAGCAACUGCUCCUUUACCACCUCCUAUCAAACAGCCUUUCCUGAAGAAUAACAAGGGUAUUUGCCUCUUCGGUUUGCUGUGUGCAUGGAUAUCAAAGGCCACUCACUGAAUACUAACUUAAUUGUACAGGCAUGGAGUGUGAAUUCCCUCUGCUUUAACUGUUAGACUAGAAACACGCCAUUUAGGAUUUAAAAUUUACUAAGUCAAAAUAAACCUAGAUUAAGUUGUCAUAGUUGAAGUUUGUUGUGCACACUGUGAUUCAUGAUUUAUGUUUAAGAACAUACACUACUAAUGUGAUAGUUGAAUCACUGGGCAUGAUGUGUGUGUUUAAUAGAUGUGUCUGAGCUGAUAUCUCUGGAAGAGAACUAACCUAGAAACUGUAAUCACCUCUUUGUUUUCAAUGGCACACUGUCAUUUCAGCCUGCUUUUUUUGUUUCUAGUGUUUUGCUUGUGGUUGCAUAUCUAGUAGAUUUUGUUAAUUGCAGAUGCAUUUCAUGGUAUGUUCUGUGCUAGGAGGUGGUAUUUUACCCUCAUCCUUAAAGAAUUUGUGGUCUAAUGUUGAUGUCCUCCUUCAGUUUAUUGUUCAGUGUCUAUAUUUGCAACUGCAUUUUGGAUGAGUGUGUAUAAAUAGGAAGCUCUCUGUUAAAUACUUGCAUACCCUGUGUGUUAAAUUCACGUGUUGUCUGUUAGAGAGUAGAAAUUAGUAGUCUGGUGUUUCUGUCCAAUUUUCAGUCACUUAAAUGUAGUCACAUGCAUAUGCAAUUUAGGGUAAGCGUGCCAGGGUUUAGCAUCACUUGGAAUUAAGGUAGUAUUAGUAAGACAGAUGGGGACAUCAGUUGUGCUUGUUCCAGAAAACCUGUGCCCUGAAUAUGCUUUUUUGUCAGUAAUCACAUUUAUUCCCUUCUUGCAUUGCAGUCACACAGAUAUUAAGGCAUGUGAGCUAGCACUUCACUGAAACUUGCAUCCAGAGAUGGCAGUCAUAUAAUGGUGGUGGUGUUUUGAAGUUAUCUCUGAAAGAUACAAAUGCAAAAUAUUACAUGCUUUAAAAGUACUUUUACUUUUUAAGUGAGUCAUCAUUUAGUGUUCAUUUAGUCCUUGCAAACAUCUUUCUUAAGUUUGAUUGUUUUAAAACCUUGGGAACGCGCCAUGAACUUAAGCAGACUUUCUUCAUCUUGCACUCCCUUGCUCACGUUCCUUUGUUCUUUGAUGCAGGAUAACCAGUUUGCCAGAACAAAUUUAAAUCAUAUUUCUGAAUUCUGUGUACUAAACCCAGCUGCUUCAGAACACUGAACAGGAAUUCAUAAUUAAAACAUGGAUUAGUGUAAUGUUUGAAUCCACUUUGAAGCAGUCUUAAUUGGUGCUAGUUGUUGUUUGUCCUAUGUACACAUCAUGCUAAACCCUAGGUCUCACAAAUUGUGAAAAGGAAGGGAAUCUAUGCAUAAUGAGGAAAGGUGUUCAGAUCCAUAGCAUAUUUCUAAUCUCCAAUCAUGGGCCAAAUUACAAUAUGCCAAAAUGAAACGGUCAUUUAUUUUUUUUAAAGUACUAGUUAAAUGAAACAAUAUCCUUACCCUGAGAAUGUGAUCAACACCUUGCUUGCAAGUUCCCAGGAAGAAACCUGUUCUUCCUGUGAACCUUGAUUGAACAAACUCCCUGUCCUAUUGCCACAUAAGUUAAACCACUAUUAUAUUACAUCACUGCCAUUUCGGAAUUUCGUUGUCUGUAAAUUUAUUUUUUUCUAUGUGUGUGGGAAAUGUUGGGGAUAUGUUCUUUUACUACCAGACAUUUCUGAAGUAUUUUGGCUUGAAAUUAUUUUUUUAACAAUGUUUGCACAAUAAAAGUUUCUUCAUGAACCAAGCAGCAAAGCUCUGGGCCUGCCUGCCACUCCCAAUAGAGACCAAGUUGGAAAGAAAUUAUGCAUGUUGAUUU